AUGCUGACGGUAGAGACGUGUAUUCAGAUCUAUCUAUCUCAAUCUCUAUCUAUCUAUCUAUCUAUCUAUCUAUCUAUCUAUCUAUCUAUCUAUCUCUGUUCAUUAUCUAUCUAUCUAUCUAUCGAAGUCAGUCUGUUCAUAUCUAUCUAUCUAUCUAUCUAUCUAUCUAAAGAAAUGGACAAAAUCUAUCUAUCUAUCUAUCUAUCUAUCUAUCUAUCUAAGUCAGUCUGUUCAUAUCUAUCUAUCUAUCUAUCUAUCUAUCUAUCUAUCUAUCGAAGUCAGUCUGUUUAUCAUCUAUCUAAUCUAUUUAUCUAUGUAAUCUAUCUAUCUAUCUUAGUCUUCAUAUUUAUCCCAUCUAUCUAUUCAUCUUUAUCUCAAUCUGUUCAUAUCUAUCUAUCUAUCUAUUCUAUCUAUCUAUCUAUCUUUAUCUAUCUAUCUAUCUCAUCUCUGUUCAUCUAUCUAUCUAUCUAUCUAUCUAUCUAUCUAUCUAUCUCAGUCUGUUCAUAUCUAUCUAUCUAUCUAUCUAUCUAUCUAUCUAUCUAUCUAUCUAUCUAUCAUCUAUCUCAUCUAUCUUCUAUCUAUCUAUCUCAUCUGUUCAUAUCUAUCUAUCUAUCUAGCUAG